CGCGCGGCGGCGGUUGGUUUGGUGCGCGUGCGCCUGCGCGCCGACGGACGGACGAACGGCCAGGGCAGGGGUUGGCGGAGGGGGCGAGCGAGAGAGAGAGAGAGAGAGGGGGUGGGGAGGGGGGGGCGAGAGGAGAGCGUUCCCGGGAGGGAAGAUGGCGGAGGACCGAAGGCGAGCGGAUAACGCCAAGCAGCGGCGGGGAGAGCAGCUGAAGCGCUGGCUGGGCUCGGAGACUGACCUCGAGCCCCCCGUGCUGAAGAAGAAAAGGAAGAGCAGGGUCAAGUUCGACGACGGCGCCGUGUUCUUGGCGGCGUGCUCGAGCGGCGACACCGAGGAGGUGAAGCGGCUGCUGGACCGCGGGGCGCUCGUCAACUACGCCAAUGUGGACGGGCUGACAGCGUUGCACCAGGCUUGCAUAGAUGAAAACCUCGACAUGGUGAAGUUUUUGGUGGAGCAUGGCGCAGACACCAAUCAGCCAGAUAACGAGGGCUGGACCCCGUUGCAUGCUGUGGCAUCCUGUGGAUACAUAAAUAUAGCUGAGUAUUUAAUAAAUAAUGGAGCCAAUGUUGCUGCUGUUAACAGCGAAGGAGAAAUUCCAUCUGAUAUUGCAGAGGAAUCAGCAAUGAAAGACCUUUUACAACAAGAAAUCAGUAGGCAAGGAAUUGAUGUUGAAGCUUCAAGGAAAGAAGAAGAGCACAGAAUGCUCCAGGAUGCUAGGCAGUGGUUAAAUAGUGGUAAAAUAGAAGAUCUAAAGAAUUCAAAAUCAGGUGGAACGGCUCUGCAUGUGGCUGCUGCAAAAGGCUACCUAGAGGUUUUGAAGCUGCUGAUACAGGCUGGAUAUGAUGUAAAUAUCAAGGACAAUGAUGGCUGGACUCCACUCCAUGCAGCUGCCCAUUGGUGCAAAGAAGAAGCUUGUAGGAUCCUCGUGGAGAGUCUUUGUGACAUGGAUGUUGUUAAUAAAGUGGGCCAAACUCCAUUCGAUUUAGCAGAUGAAAGUAUUGUUGAGCAUUUAGAGGAACUGCAGAAGAAACAGAACAUUCUUCGCACUGAGAAACGAGCUGUGCGGUCAACGUUAAUUGAGUCAACUGUGAACUGCAAACCACACUUAAGUAAAGACAAUCUACUUUCCGAAGAGAAGGAAAUGAAGCACAAAUCGCUUGAGCCAGAAAAGCCUGAUGAAGUGGAAGAGAGCAAAAAAGAUGAAUCGAGUAGUUCCAGUUCUGAGGAAGAUGAUGAUGGCUCUGAUUCUGAAUCUGAAGCAGCUACAGAAAAAAUGAAGUCGACUGCUAAAAAUAAUAUAAACAGCAAACUGAACAGCAGCAACUCACAGCUAGCCACCACGGUAGGGCAGUUUGCUCGAUAUACAGCUCCUACAGCAAGAAAGGUGAUUAGCCCUUUCAUUAAACCUACUGCCAAAGAGGAGGAAGUAAGGAUGAGUCUCCAGCAUCUUGGAGACUGGGUCUGAGAAAAACAGGGAGC